AUGACCUAUAUUAGAUCAUUUCUUCGUCAUUUUCGUCUGUAUAAGGACGGAAGUGGGAGUUUUGGUCUUUGGGUGCCAAACUCGCAGGCUUUCUACUCCGAUGGUACUCCACCGAACAUCUGUGCUCCAGAUGCCCAAUCUGGACAGACAACCGAUGGAUCCCAUAGGGGCAAAGCUGAGCCAGUUUGGGAGAAUCGCUCAUACAGCCGUGACUCUGAAUACCGGCGAAACGACAGAGUUUUUGGAAACUGUAGUCGAAAUCGUCGAGAAUUCAGGGUAGCCGACAGUCACCACCGCGCAUCAUCAUCUUUUUCAAAACGAGAGAGAGAGCUGAGCUCAACGGCCGCUCCAUCUCGUCAUUCACCGCCAUCCGAACGUAUACGUCCGACGUGCUCGACAGCAGCCAUGCCUGUCAGACACGAACGUCAGCAACGAAAAAUGUUGCUAAAUCGAAAACGGCGCGAACGCCAAAAGCGAAUAGUGACGGCGGCAAAAAUGAUGGUGAUAGAGCAAAAGCAAAAUCAACAUCAGCAGUCUGCUUCAUCGCUCUCAGAUGAAGAUGGCAAUGAUAAUGAUGAUGUACUACCGGUACUGGUUGCGAAACUCAUCCAGAUAGAUGAGACAACCGACAUCAAGGAUUUGGCAGAC